ACGUGUUUCGUUGAUUUGUUUUCUUUAUAGUCGCGGUCGCACAGAACAUUGGGCAUACAUCUAUUUGAAAUAUUAUUUUAAUUUUACGUAAAAAAUUUGCUAAAUCUGCGCGCAAAUGGCAUCGGCUCCUGUUCCUUUACGUCCGUGGAAUUCUGCUCUCCAGCACAGUGACAGAGAGCGCUGGAUUUGUAUUUACCCAGCGUACAUUAAUCGUAAGAAAACUCGCCAAGAAGGUCGUCGCAUUCCUAAGGAAAAUUGCGUCGAAAAUCCGUCCUAUCAGGAGAUACGUGACGUGCUACAGGUGCUUAAUUUGAAUGUGAUAGUGGAAAAUAAACUAUACUCGCGGGAGAAAAGCAAGGAGCACACUUUUAGAGGAAGAAUUCGUGUUCAGUUGAGGAACAACGAUGGAAGUCCAAUACUUAAGGACUACCCCACUAGGGACAGCCUCUUACUCUACGUAGGUAAGAUGAUUCCUCAAUUGAAAACCAGGCAAGGAAAGUCGUCGGAACCUACUCAGCAACAAGCGUCAUCAAGUGGUUCUGGAGGACAAUCUCACAAGAAAGGCAAGGGAAAAAGGCGGUAAAGACCACUCGAUUUUUUUUUGAAAUUUGUUCAUUUGGUAAGUUCAAUUUAUUUUGUUUUCUGCUCGCCUAUUGGACUAAGAAAGUCGUAAAAUAGAUUUUUUACAUUCAACUGGAUUGAUUACACACAA